ACCAAAUGGAGGUGGAUCUCCUCGCCGGGAUUCGCGAAAUCGCAGACCUUCCAGGUCACGACGACCGCGCCUGGCACAUCGCCUGGAAUCCCACUAGACCCAUCCUAGCGUCAUGCUCUGCCGAUAAGACUGUGCGUAUGUACGCCUACUCCGUGUCUGCCCCAGAAUACCCCGAUCCCAAGUUCAUGCAUACGGUGACGAUCCCCACGGGACAUACAAAGACUGUGCGCGCGCUCGCCUGGUCGCCCUCGGGCAAAACACUCGCGACUGCAUCGUUUGACUCCAACAUUGGCAUCUGGGAGCAGGAGGAGGGCAACGACGAGGAUGGUGAGAAGGGGGAGUGGGAGUGCAUGAGUCUUCUCGAGGGACACGAGACGGAGUGCAAGAGCGUUGCAUAUUCGAGCACCGGGACGCUCCUCGCGAGCUGCAGCCGGGACAAGACAGUGUGGAUAUGGGAAGUCCACCCGGACGCGGACUUUGAGUGCAUGGGCGUCCUCAUGGAACACAGUCAAGACGUCAAGUGCGUCGCCUGGCAUCCCAAGGAAGAGAUACUCGCCUCAGCAUCAUACGACGACACGAUAAAACUCUACUUAGACGACCCUACGGACGACUGGUUCUGCGCGGCUACCCUAUCUGGACACGGCUCGACUGUCUGGACUUUGGCUUGGGAGCCUGAUAAUGGCCGCUAUUUUGCAUCCGGCUCAGACGACCAAACGAUCAGGAUAUGGCGGCGGCUGCCCGGCCAAGGGGAGCUCAAGUUCGAGACUGUCGCUAUCCUUGAAGGUCAUGAUCGGAGUGUAUACUCAAUCUCCUGGACAAAGGCCCCUGCGACUAACCAAAGUGAAGAAGAAGGGAAGAAUAGCCUCGGAUGGCUUGCGAGUACUGGUGGUGACGGUUCCAUACUCAUUUGGGAGAUAACAGAGACUACUUCCGGAGGUGAAGCAAGUCCGAAAAUUGAAUAUAAAAUCAUGGCUCGUCUCGAUUCUGCGCACGGAGUCCACGAUGUCAAUACCGUCGCUUGGUGCCCCAAGGCUGGAAUAGAGGGCGUGUUCGCUACUGCCGGGGACGAUGGACAUGUAAAAGUUUGGAGGUUGGACCCGAUUCCGGCAUAGCUUGUAUCAAAUUCUCCUUGUAGUUUCACCACUCGUGAGCAGGUGCCAAUGCAUUGGGGUUUUCA